AACAGCUCAGUCUAUCGCUAACUCUCGCAGUGGCAGACGACUCUCGAUUAUUCAAAACAAAAUGCAUUUAAUUUCAUCUUUGAUAUUUUUGGGACUAACAUCCUUCUGUCUAACAGAUUCACAUAUAGUAAAGCAGACAAUAGAAGAACUUGCUGCCAUCAGAGAAUGCUCUGCAGAGUUGGGUGUGCAUUGCAACGUGAAGAGUGUUAUACGAUAUAUCCGCACUGAAUAUCCCUUUCAGGACAAGGAGAAAUCAAAGGAAUUUAUCAGUUGUGUCCUAAUCAAAAUUGGUAUCUUAACCGCUGACGGUAUGUUCCAGAGUCAAAAUACAAUCGACUAUCUAGCCAAUAUUCUUGAUGUUCAGACCAGAUCACAAAUUGUUAACCAUUGCAUCACGGAAGAGGGGGAUACCAUCGCAGAUAAAGGAUACAACUAUCACGAGUGUCUCGUUGCUGAAAUGAAGAAUUUUUUACUGUAGAAAUAUAUUAGACUGACCAUUUUCUGGUACGCUAAACGAGGCUGAUUUAACAAGUCUGAAAAAA